GGAGGGGGAAACACCUUAACAAGCAAAUAAGAUGGCGGCCAUACAAGAUUCACUAUAAACAAUCUUCCGCAGCCUUUUUUUUCUUUCAUUUCCUUUAGUUUCUUCGAUGUUUAAGUUCUAAGUGCUCAUUUGGUGGUGCUUUUGGAUUCCUGUUUGGUGUUAUCAUUUUAAAGGUGAGUUUAUGUGCAUUUUUGCUGUGCUCUUUGAAUGGUUAACAGGUGAAAGGGGUGGCUUGGUGUUUUCAACGGCCGAAUGACAUUUGGUUAUCUUACCUCCUCCAUAGGCCAAGUCUUUUGUUUUCAUGUGUGAAAUUUAUUGAUCCUCGGCAUUAGUCGGUCGAUAAAAACGUGGACUUGGUACGUGGCCAGUGCGUGCAUGUGUUUUGUCAUUACCUGAGUGUUACCAUAGUGAUGUUAUAAGGAUUUUCAGUAAAUCAACAUUUAGAAGGCUUCACAAAUACCCCCCCCCCCCCAUUUCGCCUGUCAAAACUGAAUCUGUCUACAAUCUUGUUAGGUGUACAAGCCCUUAAUGACAUUACCUUUGUGACCUUAUGUGAUUCAUUUGAGGAAGUUAACUGCAUUGCGUACAAUAAUGCUGUGCUUUUGAAUUGAAUAAGUAGAUAGUGUUCAACUCUCGUCUGAGAUGUUUCCCUACUAACUGGUUUUCGUUGAAGAUGGAAAAUGUUUCUCUCCCAUGUGGUUCAAGUUUAGGGUUUAAAUUUACACCUGUAAUUGGGUUUUAACAGUUGGACGAUCAAGUUAUCAAAACAUUUAUUGUAAUUGGGCAUUUGAAUCAGAACCAUUCUGUGCCACGUAACAUAACAAUAGGCUUUGAUUGGAACAUAAUGGAGUUAUUUUGGGUUAACUAGCAACCUUAAAAACUAGGUUGGUAGUGUGUGUCUGUGUGUGUGUGUUGUGUUGUGUGUGUAUGCGCGUCGUCUUCGUUUUUUUUACGGCCGCAUUCCGGCACGAAACAUAAACCAGACGCCUUUGGGAGGGAGGUAUAUACGCCGCACGUCAUUCGGCUGUUGACGUCGUUCAACACGGUUCGUUUCGUCCUUCUCUCUCCUCGCGUUGGCUCCUACUUUUACCUUGUUGUUCGUGUUUGUUGUCGUAGCAGAUACAAACAUCAGAAGAGGAAACGAGACUCUCAUUGUUCUAGUUCUUCAAUAUUCAAAGUUGAUUCGCCAUGUUCAGCAAGAAGAAGAAGAAAUUGGACAUUUCGUUGCCUAAAAACUUUGAGCACAGGGUGCACACGGGCUUUGACAAACGGGAGAACCGCUACGUCGGACUACCGCCACAGUGGGCGGGCAUCGUGAGCCCUACACCGUCGGCCAAGGGUGCCUUAUCGUCCAGACCGACGCCUUUAAUCGAUCCGUCUGAAAUCACCCCAACAGAAGUCCUGGAUUUGAAGAAGGAUGUGUCGUUGCAGACGAUCGUACGAGGAGAAGGCAAGAGCACCGGCAAUGGCGGGGUUGGUAAAAACGACAAUGGAAACAAUGGAGGAGGACCAGGACUGCCUCGGACAUCCAGUGUGGUCCGUUCAAACAGUCUACGCUCAUCCAGCCCUCCCAAAGCCCGAAAAGAUUACAAACCCAUGCUACCAGUUCCAGAAAUGGGCGAAGGAUUAGGAGGUGAAACGUCACCUCUGCCUUCACCCAAUAAUGCCAACUAUCCUUCUGGCCAGCCUGUCUACGGACCAGGCUAUCUCGCAUCGCAGCAACACCAACAGCAGCAGCAGCAGCAGCAGCAGUAUCCCCAAGGAUAUUUCCCUCAUCAACACCAAGCCGUUCCGAGAGACGUCAGAGACGGAAUGGGACGUCCGAUUCACCCACAAGGAAUCCUGCGGGAAGCAAGUUACCCCAUGCCCCAGCAGCAGAUGCCACCACACCAACAACAACAACAACAGGGACCUCCAGCUCCCAACUAUCCAGCUCCACCUCCUGUCCAACGGAAUUCUCAGAUGAUGAUGAAAGCCGUACCGAUGCAACCACAACCAGGCCAUCCAAUGCAUCCACAGGGCGGCAUGCAGGCACAGCAGCACGGCAUGCAUCCGUCUCAAGGAAUGCAUCAGCCUGGCGGAGGACCAAGACCUCAAGGAAGCGCCAUGCAUCCUGGCAGCACAAGUCCGUCUCCUGGUUAUCCGAUACCGAAUCAACAUCCUGGCCAUGGCGGAAUGCCGGGCCACUUACAAGUCCAAACUGGCAACCACUACCCAGCUGGUCAUCAGAAUAAUCACGGGCAGAACCAAGAGUAUCGACCACCCCUACCGCCACCUUAUCAACACGGCGGACCGCCUAACGGUCAAAACGUCAAUGGACAUCCAGGCCCUCAGCAACCCAACGCGCAGCCAAUGAAACCUCCUCACUUGACUCUGCCGCCACAGCAUUCAGCGCCUCACUCGAACUCGUCGGCGUCGUCCCAGUCGCACUCUCCGCUCCCCCGGAGUCCGACGACUCCUCAACCUCCCAACACUUAUCGUCCACCAAGUCAACAGUUCCAACACAUGACUUUGAACAACGGACAUCAGCAGCAGCAACAACAACCUGCAACAGCUCAUCCUCAGCAGCCGUCGAGAUACCCACAGCAACCCCAAUCCAAUCCAUCGGGUCCACCACCGGGUCCUCUUCCGCCGAAAAUCAGUCCACAGCCGCCACGACCGCCAUCCAGCAACGCGGUCAACAACAACAGCGGAGCCGACCAAAAUCAGAACACGCUGAACAAUAGCAAAAGUGUUGUGGUGGCUAAAUCGACGGCUGCAGCUGCUGCGGCAGCCGCAGCGGCCGCCGCCGCCGCUCAAGAACAACAACAGCAACAACGAUUGACUCACGAACAAUUCCGCGCCGCUUUACAAAUGGUCGUCAGUCCGGGUGAUCCACGGAUUAACCUGGACAGUUUCAUUAAGAUUGGCGAAGGUUCAACUGGCGUCGUUUGCAUCGCCGUAGAGAAAAAUACUGGCCGACAGGUGGCCGUCAAGAAGAUGGAUUUGAGGCGCCAGCAACGAAGGGAACUCCUCUUUAACGAAGUGGUCAUUAUGCGCGACUAUCAUCAUCCGAAUAUCGUCGAGAUGUACGACAGUUUCCUGGUGGGCGACGAGUUGUGGGUGGUGAUGGAAUAUUUAGAGGGUGGCGCUCUGACGGAUAUAGUCACUCACGCUCGAAUGGAUGAAGAACAAAUUGCCACUGUGUGUCUCCAGUGUUUGCAAGCGCUGGCUUUCCUCCAUUCGCAGGGUGUCAUCCACAGAGAUAUCAAAUCAGAUUCAAUUCUUUUAGCAGCUGAUGGAAGGGUUAAGUUGUCUGAUUUUGGCUUCUGCGCUCAAGUGUCACAAGAGCUACCGAAAAGGAAGUCGCUAGUGGGGACGCCCUACUGGAUGUCUCCGGAAGUGAUAUCCCGCCUACCUUACGGCCCUGAAGUAGAUAUUUGGAGUUUAGGUAUAAUGGUGAUUGAAAUGGUGGACGGAGAACCGCCCUUCUUUAACGAACCCCCCUUGCAGGCUAUGAGACGCAUUCGGGAUAUGCCCCCACCCAAGCUGCGCAACGCUACCAAAGUUUCCGCCCGUUUACAAGGCUUUCUGGAUCGAAUGUUGGUACGAGACCCCGCUCAAAGAGCCACCGCCUUCGAGCUGCUUCAUCAUCCGUUUUUGAGGCAAGCCGGACCUCCAGCUCUGCUCGUCCCGCUCAUGCGAUCUUUCCGACACUCGCCCACUUAGGUUUUGACAGCUUUUCCUACCGUCGUCAUUCAUGGCAGUCGACCGUGUGUGUUUAAAAGAAGAAAAAAAAGGGCGUGGUUGGCGAUUGACCCACGUCGUCAUAUGUAUUCCGUUGACGCCAUGAAUCGCUGCGAUGGAAAUCCCCAAGUAUUUUUUUCCCCUCUAUUUUCUCUGUAUAUUAAAAAUCAAACAAAAGGUAACCAAUGGCAGCUUUUCCAAUGCCUCAGAAGCGGGCUGGAAUUUUUGCGAUUAGAUAAUAAUGAACAAAAAGAAAACAAACAAAAACAAAACAAUUAGAGAGAAAAAAAAGGACAGAAUCUUUCGUUUUUCGCCAUAUUAUUUGACAACUUUUUUUUCUUUUUAAUUUGUUUUUGAGUUGACCAAAAAGAAAAGGGUGAUUCCCCUUUUAUAAAAAUAUUUCUCUCCUGUGUUAUCAGUAUCAUAUCAGCCUUAAUUCUACCUAUCCCUCCUUUCCGGAUCAUUCCGUCCAAAUGUAGUGCCUCUUUCGUAUCGUCGGAUGUUUUGCGAACACUUUUUUAAAAAACCAUUUCUUUUUCUCUGUCUGUCUGUUUCCAUCUUUUCUUUUUUUUUUAACGUAAAAACAACAAUAACAACAAAAAAAGGAAACUCUUUUUUGACGUUUAAUAGCCCAAGAUGUAAUUUUCGUCUACCCACAUUUAUAUCCCUCGUUUUCUGUCCGUCUUGAUCAUCAUCAUCAUUUCCUCCUUUCGCACUUGUCUCGUUUGUUUCUCCUUGCGUGAGACUCGAUGGCUUUCUCUUCGUUGUUGCUUGCUGCUCGCGUGGCGGCGGUCUCAUCUCUUUUUUAUUCGCGGUACAACACGUCCACGCCAAUCCAUUACCCUUGAUGUCUAAUAAUGGUAACGAAUAUUCACAAGAGCCAAGAGGAGAGAGAGACGACCCACCACCAUCAUCAUCAUUUUUGUUUCGUGUAUUUCCUGGACGCGCCAAUAUCAAACCUAUACAAACAACAACCACAUUCAACAACAAUGAAAGAAGAAGAAUACACGCAUUUGAAUAUCA